ACGCAUCGCUAUAUGUUUAUGUAUAUUUUCGUAUUUUACAUUAUUUUUAAAGUACCUAAACUUAAAUUUUUUGUAUUAUAAGUUGAAUUAAACGAGACAAUAGAUCCAAAUAUUGUAUAAUGCCAGGAUGCAGUAACAAGGCCACUAAGGCGGAUAGUCAAUCCUCUACAGCUGUACCGACACGAUCGGUAAUAAUGUUGUUAGCAGCAUCCUUGACAACUGCUGUAAUUGUUGAACUCAUGCUCUACUACAGAAGUGAAUCUUGGGGCAAUUCGAAUAAUGCGACUACAGAAUUCAUUGCGCGAUCACCCACAUAUGCAAUUUUUAGCAAAAGUGAAUCUGAGGAUCAUUUGGUCCAUGUAAAAACAUUGUUGCACAAGUUCGGAUAUAAACGGGUAGAUAUUGACAGCGACUGGAACUUGCUUUGGGCGCAUGACUACCCUUAUGCCAAUUUCAUAAGUUUAAAGAGUUUAAGCGCAAAUCAGUUGGUAAACCAUUUCCCUGGUUGUGGUUACUUAACUAACAAAGUCGAUUUGAGCACCAACACUAAAAGGUUGACAUUUCUGCCCCAGGCGUUUCGACUACCAGAGCAGAGUGAGCUGUUUUUACAAUAUGCGCGUUCAUUUCCCGACAAACUUUUUGUUCAGAAACACAACGAGCACCGUGGCAUUAAAAUAAAAGCCUUCAGAGACGUCGAACUGAACAUGAGUGAUUCCUUCGUGCAAGAAUUUUUGCAAAAUCCCUUUCUAGUCGAUGGUUAUAAAUUUGACAUCGGCGUGUAUGUUGUGAUCACUUCCGUAAAUCCUUUACGUGCUUACAUUUACACUGGCGAUGUUUUGUUUCGGUACUGCCCUAAGAAGUACCAUCCAUUCGAUGCCGAGGACAUAAAUAAGUACAUUGUAGGAGAUGACUAUUUGCCAACAUGGGAAGUGCCAUCACUUCGUAAGUACUAUACUAAUUUUGGCGCUAGCAUGCGUGAUGCUUUUGAGGCUUACGUUCGUGAUCAGUCAAUGGAUCCUGCUGGUAUAUGGCUGCAAGUUGAACACAUCCUCCGUACCACAAUUCAAGAAAAGGAGAAAGAUAUAUUUGACACCUUUCGCUCAUACAAAACACAUAAUUUCUUUGAAUUAAUGCGUUUUGAUUUCUUUAUUGACGCGAACUUAAAUGUUUACCUCAUGGAAGCAAAUAUGUCACCGAAUCUUUCCUCGGCUCACUUCAAGUCCAAUUCUAUUUUAUAUAACCAGGUUCUUUACAGUGUUUUUAGCUUGGUGGGCAUUCGUCCUGUGAGCUCUCAUGACUACACAAAUUUCAUGUCGGCUGAAGUCAAUGAUAUAACAGAUGAUAAAAAUUUAGCCACUGGUUUAAAUAAGUGUGCCAAAUAUAAAUGCGACAAGUCUUGUAACCAAGAGAAUUGUAAUCUAUGUCUGCCUUGCUUGAGUGGAUCUGAUUAUGAGAUUAUAAAAAAGGCACAUCGGGAGCAUUUGCAUCGCGCCGAUAUGAAGCGUAUUUUUCCAAAGGAAAUUGCAAACUAUCGUGAUUUUAAUUUCACUAGUGAAACUAAAAAUAUGACCAGAAAAAAUGCUUGGAUGACACAAUGGUACGCUUAUAAAUGUGAAUAUGAUCGAACGUGGUGCUCUUAAAAUUAAGUAAGCUGUUAUCACAACUGUAAAAGUAAAUAUAUGUAAUAUACAUAAUUAAUAUCAUAAAUGACAAUAACAGAAAACAUAUUAUUUUUAAUAAACGGUGAUACCAACGUU